GCCUCAUAAGGAUGUGCGUGUUUGACCUGGACAGAAACGGUUUAAUCGUUGUCUGAUAAACUGUUUGCGGGGAGUAAACACACCUGUACCAUUUAUUCAGAGUGCGCCGCGUUUACCGUAAAGCUUUUUUUUUUUAAAUCCCGCCCUCCAUUUGAUAGAAAACUGUGAUGUCGCUUCGUUUUUUACUAGGCUGACCCACAGGAGGGGGAGAGAGGGCAGAAAGCACUAAGAACGGAGUAGUCUGGAAGGGGUCGGGGCUGGUAUUCCCUGAGCAGUUCAACCCCCCCCCCCCCCCCCCCCUCCUACCCCACCUUGUUUUUACUUGGAUGGUGAGGAGGCCUUCUACACAUGUUCAACUAGAGCCCCAUCUCUGAGCGCAGCGUGAUUUCUCACCUCUUCUACCAAACCACGCCCACAGGUGAAGUGUGUAUGGAGCAGUGUGAGAACGCAGCGGCUCUGCUGGAGUCAGUCAGGGAGCAGGAGGUGCAGUUUGAACAGCUGACCCGGGCUCUGGAGGAGGAGAGGAGGAAAGUUGGCCUCCCUGCCACCAGCCCCACGGCCCUGGGUCACCCCUUCCCUCACACACAGAACGGGUGUUUAGGGGAUGCAGACAUAGAACGUCUGAAGCUGACGGACUCGUACAUUAACGGCACACAGUACAGAAUGGUGGACCCUGCACACGGAGCUCUUGAUGGGAGCUACACACCUGAGGAUGAAUCCCAGGAAGUACACUCAGUCUUUUCUGAGGAAGGAACCACUCGGAGAGCAGAUAAUGGGAUGAAGAAACCAGUCUCGCGCACAGUCCCGCCCUCUCACUCGUCCAUCGAUGGGAUGCUGUCGUCUGGUAUGGGGGUCUACGGCGCCACACUUUACAGACCCUCUGCAGUCGGGGACUACCCCACUGCAACGGUACCCCGAAAUUAUCACUAUGGUCCUAUGGGCGGAUAUGAAGACUACCGGGGGGGUCCACCAUCAGAGGCGUACGCCAGCCUGAGCCGGGGCUCACGCAUGGAUGAGCGCUACAGGCCAGUUGAUACCUACAGAACCCUGGACUCUGGCUACAGGGCACCCAGCCGUCAGCAGCUGGACCCUUAUGCUGCUCAGCCACAAGUGAGUCGGGGAAUGAGAGCAUUGGGCUCAGCGCUGGAGAUGAGGUAUGGCCACGGCCACUACGGUCUAGAAGAUGAUCAGCGCAGCAUGGGAUACGAUGAAUAUGGCAUGGGGCCCCCACCUAUGCACCCUGGAGGCUACGGUACAAUGCCUCGCCUCGGGCUAGGCCCGGGUGGUAUAGACAGACGCAGACUCAGGAGCUGCGAAGACACUUUGGACAGUGAUGUGGGGGGAGUUGACCCCUAUGCAUGGGGGAUUCCCAUGACAUUGGAGAGGGGUAGCAUGGCUUCACUGGAUAGCACGCUGAGAAAGGCCGCUCCCAAAUCAUGGAGGCAGCCAGAACUACCAGAGGUGAUAGCUAUGCUGAAUUACCGACUGGAUCCCGUCAAGACAAAUGCUGCUGCCUUCCUUCAGCAUCUCACAUUCAAAAAUGAUAUGGUGAAGUCAGAAGUGCGCCGUCUGAGGGGCAUUCCAGCAUUGGUGUCGAUGCUGGACCAUCCCAUUAAAGAGGUUCAUCAUUCAGCCUGUGGCGCGCUGAAGAACAUUUCAUAUGGACGAGACGCAGACAACAAGAUCGCCAUCAAGAACUGUGAUGGAGUACCUGCGCUUGUCAAGUUGUUGAGGAAAACCCGUGACCAAGACCUUACUGACACGAUCACAGGCACCUUGUGGAACCUCUCCUCCCAUGAUUCCGUGAAGAUGGAGAUUGUGGACCACGGUCUGAACGCUCUAGCCAACGAGGUGAUCGUUCCUCAUUCGGGCUGGGAAAGAGGCGGCAGCGGUGGAGAAGAGAGCUGCAAACCACGACAUUUGGAGUGGGAAACCUCCUUGACCAACACGGCUGGCUGCCUCAGGAAUGUGAGUUCAGAACGGAGCGAGGCAAGACGAAAGCUGAGAGAAUGCUCGGGGUUGGUGGAUUCUCUUAUGUACAUUGUCCAGUCACAAAUCAACCGCAAAGAUGUGGAUAAUAAGUUGGUGGAGAAUUGCGUCUGUCUUCUGAGGAACCUUUCAUAUCAGGUUCACCGUGAAGUCCCCGGCUGCGAACGUUACAUAGAGGCGGCUCCUGUUAACCAGGGCCCGACGUCAGCCAACAAGGGAGGCUGCUUUGGUUCACGAAAGGGGAAAGAUGAGUGGUUUUCCAAAGGAAAGAAGGAUGGAGAUGAUGGAAGUGCAGACGCUUAUGAUUUUCCAAAGAGGACAACACCUGCGAAAGGUUACGAGCUGCUGUUCCAGCCAGAGGUGGUCCUUGUUUACACAUCUCUGCUCAAAGAGAGCAAGAAUCCCUCAGUGCUUGAGGCUGCUGCCGGGGCCCUCCAGAACUUGUGUGCCGGUCGAUGGACUUUUGCUCGUUAUAUUAGGGCCAUGGUGCGUCUGGAAAAGGGUCUCCCCAUAGUGACGGAGCUACUUGCUCAUAAUAACGAUCGUGUUGUUCGGGCGAUGUCUGGAGCCCUGAGGAACCUCGCUAUCGACAGCCGCAACCGUGAUCUCUUGGGUGUGCAUGCUCUGCCUAACCUCGUGGCUGUCUUGCCUGAAGGGCAGAGCCAAUCUAGGCGUAAUCUGUCUGAGGAAACGAUAGUGUCCGUAUUGAGCACACUCGCUGAGGUGCUGGGCAAUAACCUGGAGGCAGCAAAGAAGCUUAGAGCCUCAGCUGGCAUUGAGAGGCUGGUGCUCAUCAGUAAGGAUGGCAACCGUUCUGAUCGUGAGGUGCGAGGAACGGGUCAGGUGCUCCAGCUCAUCUGGGCUCACAAAGAGCUGCGCCGGCCACUCGAGAAAGAUGGCUGGAAGAAGUCGGACUUCAUGGUGAACCCGAGUACCACAACCAUCAACGGGCCGAGCACCAGAGCUAACGGCACCUACGAGGACAGUACCACACCCUUACUGGACAAAGGAGAGAAGAGGGAUGUAAUUCCCUUGAAUGAUAUUGGCCCUGAUGCCUACUCUACACUGGACCAGAAGGAGAGAAGACACACUCUGGAAGAAACCACAGACACUUUACCGCGAGGGGUGUAUGGGAGCAGAAAGGGCUCCCUGCCUCUGCUGGACUCCUACGAUGGUUAGCCCUACCCCUUCCCCUCUACCCCCCUUCUGCAUGUAACAGCAUGACAAACUCAUAGUGUGCAUCACCCAGACUGGGCCGUCCCUGCCCUACCACUGUUACUGAGGAGAGAGGAGGCGGACACGGUCUCUUCCUCCUCUUUAACCUCCCCUCUAUCGCCGCACAGCUGGGAUCAAAAGAUGAGGAUCAGCAUCCAAAGAAAGCGGUCGCGUUGCGGGCAAACAAUUACAAACAGCACACGCACACCUAUUUCAUUCAAUUGUAGCAGCAGAAAUAUAUUCAGUUUAUAAAUUAUAGUUGUCUUCUGUAAAGGCAAUCACCUUUGUUGACAAUCAUUUUAUUCUGCAGCCAUCAUCCUGCUUUUUCCAUUCCAUUUUUUCUUGCUACUAAGUAAACAAAUAUUCAUGGUCAAUAUGUUGCUACCAACCCCUGCAUCCUAAUGACGGAGCUGUAUUUAGACUAUGUAGGCUAUAUACUAUAUAUAAAAGUGAAACAGGAUGACUGCAUUAGUUUUGGCUCAUUUAAUAUAAAUUAUCCCUUUUCCUGGGAAUGUUGGGAGGCUGGAUGCACCCACAGGCUGCCCUGUAGAUGGAGAAUGUUUAUAAAUGAGUUAUUUUCCUGUCUAGAGUUAUUUUCUCUCUGUUGGGAUGAGCACAGACCUGAAAAGGAAUGUGUGUAUUUUCUGUCAAAAGCUAAACCUGUGUGUGUGUGUGUGUGUGUUGUGUGUGUGUUGUGUCAAAAUGAGUAUGGACCUUUUUUUAUUAUUAUUAUUUUGAGCAAUGUCUUUGCUUACACGUUUGUUCGUUUGACUUAUUUUUUUAUAUUGUCUUACGAUCCUGCUGCCUCUUUUUUCCUGUUUUUUGUUAUGGUUUAACUUCAGUUUUCUGUUACCCCCAUGUAGAGAAAAAUAUUUUCAGCUGCUUUUUCACUUUUAGUCCUUUUGGAUUUAGCAGACUCGUCCAGUACUACGUGUCAAACCUGGUACUGGGAUGUAAAGCUGUGAGCAAACACUACUACAUGAAAACCACUAACCAAACCAUUCUUGUCUCAACUCUAAGAAAAGGAAAAAAAAAAAAAAUCAGGUCAAUGUUCUCUUAACUUUUCAAGUAAGAGUCUGUUGCCAUUUGUACCUGAAUCUCUAAAUCCGUUUUGUCUGAAAUGUGAAAUUUGGAGGCUUUUGUUACUCAGAGGAGACUCGAGUUUUCAUACAGAUUUGGGAUAAAUGCUUCUUAAUUUAAAUCUGGGUCUGACCCUCUUUAGGUCCGGUUUGUAUUUUAUUUUUUGGGAGUUUGUAUGUUGGUGAGAGCAUUAUGCAAUUUAUUUUCUUUUUGAUUCAACUUUUACUGCUAUGUUUUUGAAAGCAAAUGAGACCAAUCUUUUAGUUUUUGUUUCUUAAUCUCUUCACACACAUAGUAUAUUUGUACUGUUGCCUAUCCAUGUAAAAUUAUGACGUACCAUUCACACCUGCCUUGGCUCUUUUUCAGUGAAGUAUGUAACUGUAAUACUGUUGUUUUUUAUAAAUAAAGAUUUUUUUCUUAGACAA